AUGAAGCCUUCGUCAGAAACUGCUGUUUCGAUUACCAAGCUUAGCAGUCUUGACGAACGUAUCCAGAACCUUCGCCAAAGGCUUUGUGAUGGCUUUAUGAACCAGGACCCCUUCUUAGAAGUAGCCAUCUUUACCGAACUGGAAGGUAUCAUGGAGAACCUGUUAAAACUGUACUUUGAAGAUGAAAUCGACUCCGUUUCAUCUGAAAUCACUGAAGCUCGUCAAGUGAUUUCGUGCUAUAUGCAGGAUUUACUUGCCUCUGCAUUAUAUUUAAUGGAUCCGGAAAGCCUCACAACCUUAUGCAUAAGCACGAACUCGCUUCCUAAGUGUUCUCUGGCAUCUGUUAAUGCCUCAACGCUUUACAUCAGUCCAUUGCAGCGUCAAUAUUGUGCAAAGGUGUUCUUUUACCUGUGCUGGUGCAAGUGGGUACCUGUGCACGUGAUUAUCAACGCAUUGUAUCCACUCUUGGACACCGACACUUCGCUCGAGAAACUCCCCACACACACCUAUGAGACCACAAAAGUGGUCUGGAAAAAAGACUCGAAACUGCAAAAUCAAAUCACGGUCAACUUAUUGGCCAAGAAUCGCGCCAAGAAGGCGAUUGUGAUAUCAACAUUGAAUGGGGUGGUGUUUAUUCACCCGCGGGGAAUCGCCUCCCUGCUUCGAACGCUUCUGCUGAAUGAUCGCGUGGAGGCUGGGAUGGCAGUACAGGCCUCGGGUUGUAUUGUUCAGCUCCUUGUGUCACCGGUGGCCUGGAUCUACCAGCCCAGCCCGUUACACGGCACUCUACAAAAAACGAGGCUGAGUUACGAGGAGCAGCUGCGGUUGGUGUCGCAGCAAAUGCUAUCCCUGUUUGAGGCCCAUGCCGAAUCACCUGCCUUGACGCAUUCACUCCCGCAUUGGGCUGGUACGCGGGAGAGUCUGCCACUGGAGACAGUUGAGGAACGCCUGCACGGGUGCCUCGCGCGAUGGCUGAAUGCGUCGCUGGGGUUCACACCCUCGGAUCCUCGCGCGGGGGUUCGCGCGGUCCACACCAAUCGGUACUUCCUGACUCCCGCCUUUGGGGCGCUCGCGCUGAGGCGUUCCGCCGCGCCGGAUGACGCGCUGCGCGCGCUCCAGCGGGUGCUGGUCCUGACGAAAGGCGCCGCGGCCGGGACCUCCAUGAGGGUUUUUUUAAUGGUCUUCCAUGCCGUCGCCGCAGGUUUUCUCAACCUCCUGGCCCUGGAAGAUGACGGCGCGCCCGCUGCGAUCGCGGACGCCUGCCGGGCGCUUUGGCAGCACCUCCUCCUCCUUCCUGAUGCCUUUGAGAAGGUUGCAUGGAUCCUCGUGCAGAGUGUGGAAGGGGGGGAUAAGAAGGGGGGGUUUGUCGUCGCCGAUCGCAUGGCAGCCGUGCUGCGCUUCGAUGCUGACGUAGGCUGCCCCCCGGCGGUGCGCGCGGCGGCCCUGCGGAGGGUCCUGCGGCUGCCGGGGCUGCCGACGGAGUUUAGCCGGCAUUUUUUUGCUGCCCUCAGCGCGGCAUGCAGGACACGUCUGCAGGGAUGGACAUCGGGAAGGGCCACCCAGGCCCUAACAGAUGAUCCCCUUCUUUCACUCUUAGAAGAUGCUUGCUUGACCUGGCCGGUGGACCAAAUCUUCGGUCUGCAGAGCUCUAUUGAGGGCACCCUUUCAUUACUCUCCCAAACGCUUCAGCUUCCCGGUGUUACUGCAGAAUGGAGUCUCUCUUUGCUAGAUAGUUUGCUGAAGGACGACACGGCCUUUGGACGCAUCGAAGACAUUAUUGAAACCCUUAAUGGGGAUGAAGAUCAGGUCCUGGAAUGUACACGGAUCGACCUUCUUCGAGUGCGUGCGCGUUUACUCACGCUUAAAAAAUUUUUGCAUGAAAUCCAGACGGAGGGGCAUCUUUUUUUAGAAAACACACAGCAAGAAAUGGAUGGGAUCCUCCGCAUCCAGACCGUUCUCGAUGCACUAGAUAACCGACUCAAACAAUCUUCUUCGCAGGAAAGUCUUCUUCUCAAGGUACUUGAGAAUGGGGUACUUGAUGCUGGAGCCGCCGCAUCUCGGAGCCGCAAUUCACUAAUGAUGCAGUGCAAAACCCUCUGUCUGGAUCUAUCCGAUGCGUUGUUGGCUUCCCAGCCCGCUGUCCUUGUUAGUGUGAUCCUUGUGCGGUUGUCAAGUCUGAUUGAGGACGCCACGCUCACCGUGAAAAGUGUUGACGAUGCUUUCAGAGAGGUCUCCUGUAAACUUGUUCGCCUGCUUUUUAAAAUUUUGUUUAGCCACAAUGAUUCGUGUUUAAGUGUGCACACCGUUCGCUGCCUCAGCUGGAUUGGGAUGUAUCGAUUUGACGACUGCCAAAAUGCCGUCCUUUGGGGUUGUGUUUGCUCGAUCUUACAACAACCCGUGAGGGCGCCGCCCACGGCCGCCCUGUGCGAUCUUCUAGGCCUUUCGCCCACACGAAAGGAUUGGGGGGAAGGAGGGCGUUUCAUCCGGCUUAAACUACGCGUCUUGGAAGUGCUGCUGUGGUGGUGCGAUCACGAUGAGGACGGGCUGACGUUGACAAACCUCGAUCGCCUCUGCGGGAAGACUUUGAAGUGCGGCCUUCUCGCGUUCCUCGCCGAUCUCUGCCGGCCACCAGAAGAGGUGGCGGUGCAGGUGGCGGCGCUUCACCUGAUCGGAUGCUUUGUUGUUUCCCUGCCUUUGCGUGUUUCCUUUCAGCGGGUGCUGCUCCUUGCUGUGGAUGUUUUUCACCAUACACCUGUUGUGAUGGCAAAGGCGGCGUGCGCGUCAAUGCUGGGGUACAUCGCCUCUACGCUCUUAUCGCGACAAGCGUUAACGAUACUUCGGGAUAUGGACCUAAAUAAGUUUUUAGACAUCGCUCGUGCGAUGGAAACGUAUCACUCGCCACCUGAAUUGUCUAUCUCUCCUGACAACUUACUCCAUGAAGAGGUUAUUCGGAAACAUGGGUGGGAUAUUGUGAGGCUUUUACAAAAUAACAAUCGACAGAUUCUAAUAUCCGAGCUUUCAUAA